CCCGGCGGGGCGCACGGCGGACACCGGCUUCAAUAUCUUCACCCAGCAUGUAUCUUAUCCAGGACAUAAGAUUUUCAGAGAAGGAGGAAGUCAUGAAGAAUGCAAUAGGAAGAGAUUUUGAAGGAUGGACAGGAUUUGGACCUAUGGGGCAGGAAAAAGAAAGCCGACUGGAUCACUUUGCCAGCUGUGUGGAGGAUGGAUUUGAGGGAGACAAGACUGGAGGCCAUAGUCCAGAAGUUUUGCACCGCCCCUACGGGUGUGAUAUGGAAUCCCAGGCACUGAAUGAAGCCAUCAGAUGGAGCUCCAAGGAAAACUUGCUUGGAGCCACAGAGAGUGACCCUAAUCUCUUUGUUGCACUUUAUGACUUCGUAGCAAGUGGUGAUAACACACUCAGUAUCACUAAAGGUGAAAAGCUAAGAGUCCUUGGUUACAACCAGAAUGGCGAGUGGAGUGAAGUUCGCUCUAAGAAUGGACAGGGUUGGGUGCCAAGCAACUACAUUACUCCAGUGAACAGCCUAGAAAAACAUUCCUGGUACCAUGGACCUGUGUCCCGCAGUGCAGCUGAGUAUCUACUCAGCAGCCUCAUCAAUGGUAGUUUCCUGGUGCGAGAAAGUGAGAGCAGUCCUGGGCAGCUCUCCAUCUCGCUCAGGUAUGAGGGGCGUGUGUACCACUACAGGAUCAACACCACCACAGACAGCAAGGUGUAUGUGACUGCUGAGAGCCGCUUCAGCACCUUGGCAGAGCUUGUUCACCAUCACUCCACAGUGGCCGAUGGGCUGGUAACAACAUUACACUACCCAGCACCCAAGUGUAAUAAACCAACUGUCUAUGGUGUGUCCCCCAUCCAUGACAAAUGGGAAAUGGAAAGAACAGACAUUACCAUGAAGCACAAACUUGGGGGCGGUCAGUAUGGAGAGGUUUAUGUUGGUGUCUGGAAGAAAUACAGCCUUACAGUUGCUGUGAAAACAUUGAAGGAAGAUACCAUGGAGGUGGAGGAGUUCCUAAAAGAGGCUGCAGUGAUGAAGGAAAUCAAGCAUCCUAACCUGGUACAACUAUUAGGUGUAUGUACUUUGGAGCCACCGUUUUACAUUGUGACUGAAUACAUGCCAUAUGGGAAUCUGCUUGAUUAUCUCCGAGAAUGCAACCGAGAAGAGGUGACUGCAGUUGUACUGCUUUACAUGGCCACUCAAAUUUCUUCUGCAAUGGAGUAUUUGGAGAAGAAGAAUUUCAUCCAUAGAGAUCUUGCAGCACGUAACUGUCUAGUAGGGGAAAACCAUGUGGUAAAAGUGGCUGACUUUGGCUUAAGUAGACUGAUGACUGGAGAUACCUAUACUGCUCAUGCUGGAGCCAAAUUUCCUAUUAAAUGGACAGCACCAGAGAGUCUAGCAUACAAUACUUUCUCAAUUAAAUCAGAUGUCUGGGCUUUUGGAGUACUAUUGUGGGAAAUUGCUACAUAUGGAAUGUCACCAUACCCAGGUAUUGACCUGUCUCAAGUCUAUGAUCUCCUGGAAAAAGGGUAUCGAAUGGAGCAGCCUGAGGGAUGCCCCCCUAAAGUGUAUGAACUUAUGAGAGCAUGCUGGAAGUGGAGUCCUGCUGACAGGCCCUCUUUUGCUGAAACACAUCAAGCUUUUGAAACUAUGUUCCAUGAUUCUAGCAUUUCUGAAGAGGUAGCUGAAGAGCUUGGGAGAGCUGCCUCCUCCUCAUCUGUUGUUCCCUACCUGCCUCGAUUGCCUUUACUUCCUUCCAAGACCCGGACACUGAAGAAGCAGGCUGAGAACAAGGAGAACAUUGAAGGGCCACAAGAUGCCACAGAAAAUCCAGCUUCCAAUUCAGCACCAGGGUUCAUUAGAAGUACACAGGCCUCUAGCGGGUCCCCAGCACUGCCUCGAAAGCAAAGAGACAAGUCACCUAGCAGCCUCUUGGAAGAUGCCAAAGAGACAUGCUUCACCAGGGAUAGGAAGGGUGGCUUCUUUAGCUCCUUCAUGAAGAAGAGAAAUGCUCCCACACCUCCCAAACGCAGCAGCUCCUUUCGAGAAAUGGAGAAUCAGCCCCACAAGAAAUACGAACUCACGGGUAACUUCUCAUCUGUUGCUUCUCUCCAGCAUGCUGAUGGGUUCUCUUUUGCUCCUGGCCAACAAGAGGCGAAUCUGGCGCCACCCAAGUGCUAUGGGGGGAGUUUUGCACAGAGGAACCUGUGUAAUGACGACGGUGGUGGGGGUGGGGGCAGUGGCACUGCUGGGAGUGGGUGGUCUGGGAUCACAGGCUUCUUUACGCCUCGUUUAAUCAAAAAGACACUGGGAUUACGAGCAGGUAAACCCACAACCAGUGAUGACACUUCCAAGCCUUUUCCAAGGUCAAACUCUACAUCUUCCAUGUCCUCAGGGCUUCCAGAGCAGGAUAGGAUGGCAAUGACCCUUCCCAGGAACUGCCAGAGGUCCAAACUUCAGCUGGAAAGGACAGUGUCCACCUCUUCUCAGCCAGAAGAGAAUGUGGACAGGGCCAAUGAAAUGCUUCCAAAAAAGUCAGAGGAAGGUGCUGCUCCAACUAGGGAGAGACCAAAAGCCAAACUAUUGCCCAGAGGAGCCACAGCUCUUCCCUUGAGAGUCCCUUCUGGGGAUCCAGCCAUUACGGAAAAUGACUCUGUAGUGGUGGGGAUAGCUGGAGUGGUAGCAGCUGUCCCCAAAGGUAAGGAGAGGAAUGGUGGGGCACGAAUUGGGGUUCCUGGGGUCGCAGAGGAUGGAGAACAGCCAGGCUGGUCUUCACCAGCCAAAGCUGUCGCUGUCCUCCCAACCACUCACAACCACAAAGUGCCAGUCCUUAUCUCACCUACUCUGAAACACACUCCAGCUGAUGUGCAGCUCAUUGGCACAGACUCUCAGGGGAAUAAAUUCAAGCUCUUAUCUGAGCAUCAGGUCACAUCCUCUGGAGAUAAAGACCGGCCCCGACGGGUAAAACCAAAGUGUGCCCCACCCCCGCCACCAGUGAUGAGACUACUGCAGCAUCCAUCUUCAUGCUCAGACCCCGAGGAAGAGCCGCCUGCAGGACAGUCCAAUUCAGAAACACAGGAGGGAGGAAAAAAGGCAGCUCCAGGGCCAGUGCCCAGUAGUGGGAAACCCGGGAGGCCACUGAUGCCCCCACCUCAAGUGCCUCUGCCCACAUCGUCCAUCUCGCCAGCCAAAAUGGCCAAUGGCACAGCAGGUACUAAAGUAGCUUUGAGAAAAACAAAACAGGCAGCUGAGAAAAUCUCAGCAGACAAAAUCAGCAAAGAGGCCCUGCUGGAAUGUGCUGACCUACUGUGCAGUGCAAUCACGGAACCUGUUCCCAAUAGCCAACUGGUAGACACUGGACACCAGCUGCUUGACUACUGCUCAGGCUACGUGGACUGCAUCCCUCAGACCCGCAACAAAUUUGCCUUCCGAGAAGCCGUGAGCAAACUGGAACUCAGCCUGCAGGAGCUGCAGGUGUCUUCAGCAGCUGCUGGUGUGCCUGGGGCAAACCCUGUCCUUAAUAACUUAUUGUCAUGUGUACAGGAAAUCAGUGAUGUGGUGCAGAGGUAGCUACUGUCAGCCUAGUGGGAAGAUGCACACAUUUCUGAGGGGUGAGGGAAAGGGACUUGUUUUCCUGUGUUCUUGUUUUCACAAUAUGAAAGGCUGAUAACUUGAGUGUGUUUAUGUGAAGUACCUCAGAUCCCUGAGUUCUCACGUUUACAGGUUCAUCUCAAAAUAGCAAGAAGCAGACCACAUAAGUGUAGGAGAGGUAAAUUCAGUGGGGCAAGGCAAUGAUGGACAAGUUGGAAAUUACACUGGAAAGUGAGGGAACAUGACGUAAGGUUGUAAAGAAAGAAACACAGCCCAUCCCUACCUGGAAUGAUAGGGGGUGCUAGACUGGGCCAUUCUCAGUCAUUCUGCAUCACAGACAAAGGCUUUGGCCUGUAGGUUCUGAGGGUGAUUAUGCUUAAACUCACAAAUUUUGGAAACAAGAAAGCUAAGAGGGAAAUGUACCAGGAGGUGUUUUACUCAAGUCUGUUGGAAGUGGUGGUUGGCCAUGCUUCCACAGGUCAUUGCUGCUGUAGUAAGAACUGCAAAUGGAAUUGCUAGAAUACUAAACUGGGAAAUGUACCCCUUUCUGUCUCUCUUGUGCUAGUUCCUAUUGGUGUAUUAUUGCAAGAAGUAAAGAAUGUUGGGAAAUUUAGUCAGAUGGAUAACCUCCUGCAAAAUUUAAUCUUACGUUAAUUAGCAAUCAGUUCUCUCAGUCUGCAGUACGUUGUUUCCUAAUGGACCAGGCUCACCUUGCUGCUUGUUGGUGGCUGGCUGUAAGCUAUAGGCAUAGGGGUCAUCUUAGUGCUUCUCAGACCCUUGCUGGACAGGCUGUCUUCCUUUCUUCCUGGCAGCGUUUAGGGCAUUAACCAACAUUGAUAUUGAAAACAGUGGUCACUUCAGGUUCUCAGAGGAAGUCUUCUGAUUCAUUGUCCCUGCAUGCUGACAUUAGCCAAGGACUCGGGCAGCUAUUUAUCUUUGCAAACUAAAAUACCAAGGAGAUGGUCCUUUGAAACUAUAUGGCUAUGCUCAGAGGCCUGAAACUGAAGGGAAGCCUGCCUGAUAGAAAUGGCUGUUUGUAUGUUUAAUGUAUGUCAGUCUGAGUGGACAGUAGGGAAAGGCAUUCUCUCUCUGUGGGAUUGAAUUACUUCCACACUGUUCUUAGUUUUUUGUUUUUUCUUUUCUUCUUUUUCUGCUCACUGUCCCCAUUCCCAUCAUGGUGGUUGUCUGCAUAGUUCAUGUUGAGAGUAUAUUUUAUUUAUAUUGUCAUUUCAAGUCUAUUUUAAUAAAAGGAGCAGGUCAUUUUCAGGGAGCACCAGUUAGAUCUUAGAAACAUAAAGAAUUAACCUUCAGAUACAUUUUUCCCCUUAAAAAACAGGCUUUUCCCUUUCCUACUCCGUUACGAUCAUUGAAGCUAAUUAGGGCAGAUGGAAACUGAAUCUGAUGGGUUAGAUUUUAUUAAUGUUAUUGGUAUCAGGUCUAGUUCCAGUUAUAUUUUGUUCAUCUUUUUAAAAAAGAGCUUUAUGAAUACUCUCCUACACUCUUGAAAGAAAACCCAAUACAAAAUAUUUUAUCUUAUUCUCCCAAAUGCUUACCCAUGUAGGAAGAUAGGAAUUCAACAGUGAGCAAGGAGUUUUCUUCCUGGCUCUCAUCCAACCACUGUCAAGCCACCGCUCCCAUCUCUCAAUCUAUUAAUUGAAAGUAAUACCAUGUUCUCAAGGGUGUUUUGCAAAUAAGCGUACAGCUUUCCCUUUGAGAUCCUCUCUAGAAAGCUCCUUUAGCACAGUGUUGGGUUGUUUUUCAUUCUCUUCUAUGCCAAAUAGCAAAAACCAAUCAAUUCAGAACUGCCAAGCUUAUAUUAAUUGGCCUGGAAUGCUACGGUGGGGGAAACUGUUCAGGGUAGAGAUUGACAUUUUUGACCAGGAAGAACUUUAGUUUUCUUUGAAAAGAAAGGAAAUCUGAGUCAUUCCUGUACUCCAGGAGGAGAUAGUCCUGGUGAUCUCUGGGAGUGCCCCAGCAGUGUGUAGGGGUCAGAGUCACUUCCCUGUAGCAGCUGGAAGAGAAUUUGAAUUUAAACACCAACUAUUCUCCUCCCAGCUUCUUCCUUACAUGAUUCCCCGUUCUCAUAUGUGCCCAUACACUUACUUUAGCAGUUAGCCUUCUGAAGAUGGGAAGGAGGAAGUUAAACUUUAAGACUUUUAUGCUGCUUUGAAAUUUAUACCUGUCAUGGGAUGCAAGCUAGAGGAUCAUCACUAUUACCAAGCGUUUGUUUGUGUUAAACAAGUGCUCUGAGAAUAACUGCUGGAGAAACACUGCUGAGUGUAUUUCAGCUCCCUGGCUUUCUCACAGUCUGAAGGAUUAGGGUUGGGGCUGUGUCUUACUCAGGGCAGCACCUAGGUCUGUCUUGCUUACAGUGGGUGCUCACUAAAUCCAUAAACUGAAUUGAAUUCUUCUCAACACUGUCACGAGUAGCAUUAAAUGUUUUAGCACACUCCAUCCACAUAAUGCUUGAACUAUGUCACUUUCAGGGAUUGAGGCCUCAGGGUUCAGGUUAAAGAGGCACUGUCAACUUGUUGUAAAGUAUAGAGUAUCAUUUUUCUUCUUACAAAUGACCAGCUUAAAAGGACAAGAAAAGAAAAGCUUAAGUAAAUUAAAAGGCUUGAAUCCAGAACAGAGAAAUCUGCUUCUGGAAAUUGAAAAUGUAGUUUAAUUUUAUGUAGCCUAAAAGCAAAGCAGAUACAAGAGAAGGCCCUUACAAGGUGUCUCCAGUUUCUAAAAUUGUUUUAUAAAUGCAUAUCUUUGGGUUACACAGCCUAAUUCCUUUCCUGUACAGGUAAUGGGCUUUCACUUUAGAUUUCCUACCUUCAAAUGCAGUGUUUUGUGUUGAAUAUAACCUUAUUGUACUUAACAGGAAAUACUCUCUUGAAACGGUUUGUGUAAAAUUUAAAUUGCACAUUUUUAUGUGGACUCCAUCAUGUUUUCAGAUGUGUAUGUAUAUAUACAUAUAUAUAUCCUUUAAAAAGGCCCUCUCUUAAAAGAUGUGUUUUGCACAUGUUCUUUCAGUGAAUUGAACUUGGUACUGAGCUAUGAGCUUUGUUAUGCAAGAAAUUGAUUCAGUGUUUUUCAAGUAUGUAUGACCUCUAUGUAGAGAUCAUUAUAGUAGAGACCUGUUCCCAGCUACAUUAAGUUUUAAUUAGAUAUUUUCUUAUAAUUCAGUUGAAUGUUGGCUGGUAAAUUAUUUCCCAGUAAAUAAAACAUACUGACUUUGUUAAAUAACAGCCCAUAUUUAUUUAACUAAAGACAGAGCUAUUGAGCUUAAAGUAUGCAGCAGUGUAGAUAGUGGUUUGGAGUUCAAGCCCUAAAGUCAAUCUAGAAGGCAAGUCAUUUGACCUUGUAAGCCUCAGUUUCCUCAUUGCAAAACAGGGAUGAUGAUAAUAAAACUACCUCAGGGUUGUUGUAAAGAUUAAAUGAAAUACUGUUUAUAAGAUACAUAGCUUAGCUGCCCAGUGCACAGUGAGCACUCCUGCAUGCUCAUUUACUCCUAAUCCAGGAAGGCACAACAAUCCCCUAGGGGCUUUUAAAGAAAAACUGAUAAAUUAACCCUAUUUAAUUCCAAGUAGGGUGAUGUCUCAGCCAAUGUGUUUCCUAAGGAUAUCUCCAGGUUUCAGAUACUCAGUACUGUCUAGAAGCUGUCAAAACUUUCUUCUCUAUAGAUGAAGAAACCAGAGGAAGAUGGUUAAGUAACUUGUCCAUUAGCUCAGUUAGUGGCAGAGCAGAGCUGAGAAUUUGAGAGACCUGAUGUUAUGGGAACUUUCCACCAUGCUUUCUCCCUUGUGAGAUGCUACCAAAAAAAAAAAAAAGGCUUGGAUGUAGACAAUCAGUCCAUGAACUGCACACUUCUAAAGCACAUGCUCCCUGCAUACCCUGGCUGGAGGGGCUUUGAAUGCUGGGUGAUGGCCAUGCUAGCCAAACAAGCAUUCUCUCAGUUACGAUAAAGAGUACAUAGGGUCAUUCUACAUUUGACUUCAACACAAAUCUGCACUUUGUGGUUAAAGAAUGCCAGCCUGUUUUGUUUUUGUUUUUUGGUGUUUUUUUU